AUGGCUUCAACAAGCAAUGAAGCACCAGCGGUGCCACCAUCGCUCUCGCUCCCUCCCUCACAAUUCGCGCGCCUCCAGCCACACGCCUAUCUUCUUGCCCACCUCUCCCCGCCAGCAGCAAUGAACCAGCCCUCAAUUCGAGCUAACGGCCGCGAGCCCCUCCAAUUCCGAACCACAUCAGCCAACUGCGGCUCCCUGACACACACAAAUGGUAGCGCUGUAGUGCGUAUCGGCGACACAGCUGCUGUGUGCGGUGUCCGCGCCGAACUGCUUCACACCGACGAUAUAGCCUCAUGGAGUGUAGCUCGAACCUCCUCUGCCUCGACCGACAAGCGUCAAGACGACGAGAAUGAAGAUGACCAAGACCGCGUCCAUAUCGAAGACCUUAGUCUGCUCGUCCCCAAUCUUUCCUUGAGCACCGGCUGCGCACCUGGUUAUCUUCCCGGAGCUCCGCCAUCCACUAUGGCUCAAUCAAUCUCACAUGAAAUCCUCUCUCUCCUUCACAGCUCACGACUUGUCAAAGCAGAUGACUUGCGUAUCUGGUACCAACCACCUAAUCUGGGACCAGAGGAUGAACAAAUGGACGUUGACGAGGGUGCGGGCAAAAACACGGAAGCCAAGGAAGAAAGGCCCCGCGAGAUUAAGGCUUUCUGGGUACUUUACAUUGAUAUCAUGAUUAUUUCACUUGCCGGUAACCCCUUCGAUGCAGCUUGGGCCUCUGUUGUUGCAGCCCUCCGUGAUACAAAGCUCCCCAAAGCCUGGUGGGAUGUGGAUAACGAGACGGUUCUCUGCUCGGACGAUGUUAGCGAAGCACACAAACUCACCUUGCGUGGACUGCCGGUUGCCAGCUCUUUCUGUGUUUUCGAGGCCGAUGCUGCUGCAGGAUGGCGAGCUGAGGUUAUUCCGAAUGCUGAACAACAAAAGAAAGACGGCAAAGGUCGGUGGAUUCUUGCGGAUCCAGAUGGAUAUGAAGACAAUUUGGCGCAUGAACGUGCUUCUAUUGUUGUUGAUAAGGAGAAGAAUGGGAAGACUGUUAUUCUGAAGAUGGAGAAGGUUGGGGGUUGGACAAUCGAUACUGAAGAUCUACGGCGGUUGGUGGAUGUUUCAUCUAAGAGAUGGGACGAGAUGAAACGGAUCUUUGAUCAAUGCUGA